AUGAGUGGUGUAUUCGGCCUUCUAUUUAGCAGGCUGACUCUCCCAGCUCCCUCGGCAAUCCAGGGGAAAACUAUCCUCAUCACCGGUGCGAACACUGGCCUCGGUCGUGAAGCUGCCAGACAUGCGCUCGCCCUGGGCGCCGGUACGGUCAUUUUGGGCGUUCGAAGCCUGAGCAAGGGCGAAGACGCCAAAGCCAACAUCGACGCAAGUACCGGCUGCACAGACAAGGGAAAGCGUUCAAGGCUUCGCAGCGCGAGUUCGCAAAUAUGUCACAGAGGCGGCCGACUGGACAUGGCCAUCAUGAAUGCUGGAAUUGCGUCGGUCACGUACGCUGUUACCCGUGAUGGGUGGGAGAGAGGCAUCCAGGUCAAUGUUCUAUCGACCGCGCUCCUCAGUCUGGAGCUGCUGCCGCUACUACUGCGAACAAAAGAGCGAGAUUCAUCAUCCCAACCGCAUCUGACUAUUGUCACAAGCGACAUCCACAAGUCAAUAAAAUUUCCCGAGCGGAACGAGCAGAAUAUUCUUUCCGCCAUGAAUGACGAGAAGCAGUGGAGGGAAUCCCAGGCUGUAGGCGGCGCUACCGAGCGCUAUGGUGUUACCAAGCUGAUGGAUCUCUUCAUCACCUUUGAAAUAGCUCAACUGGUGCCUCGUGACAAGUCCGGAAACCCCCUUGUAAUUGUCAAUGCCGUGGCGCCGGGAUUCUGCAAAUCGGAUCUCCUGUCUAGGGAGAAGGUGCCGUUGAUUCUGAAGCUGAUCCAGGCUUUAAUUGCUAGGACGGCGGAAGAGGGCAGCAAAACAUUGCUGCAUGCAGCAAGCCAGGGAGCGGAAACUCAUGGGAAGUGGUUAGACAAUCAGAUUAUCACAGAACCUGGCAAUAUUAUCACAAGCCCUGAGGCAGCGGUUUUGAGAAAGAAACUAUGGGCAGAGAUUCUCUCAGUCUUGCAUGAUGUUAAUCCUGAGAUCCAAACUGAGUACUAA